AUAUUUCACUCUUAUUUAUUUUGUAUAUAACUUAUGUAAAACAUACUCCAAAAUUGAAAAUAAUGAAUUCACUUCGUUUGUUAUUUUGGGUUGUUUUGAUAUUAUUCGGAUAUUUUCAGUUCAAUGUGAUAUGUUUGAUAGUUGAAGGAAAUUUAAUCACUAUUCAGGAUUGGUCUUUUAUUGCGCGAUUUUGUUAUCUUUCACAAGAUGGAGCUAUGACUUUCAACUUUGAAUAUCCCCAAGAUGCAUGUUGUCAAGAAAUUAUUCUUUACUUUGAUGACCAGUGGCCACAUGUUUAUCCUCAUCCAGAAAUGACAUGUAAAGAAAAAGUUGCUGUCACUAUUCCAAAGAAUAAUCAAAUAAUGAAUUUAGAUUUGGUUUCAAAUAGCAACUGCUCAUUAUAUUCACAAAUAUCUGACCAACCUCUAUUGAAGUGUUAUGGUAAAAGGACUAUUAAAGCAAGUCGAGCAAGAUGGUGGUAUAUAGUUGUUGCAAAGUGUCAGUCAAAGCAGGGACUUUCUCUAAAGUACUCUUUGGAGAUGACUAAUGGCAACAGUUUUUGGACAAAACAAUUUUCUGCUGAUGAAGCAAAUAUUUUACAGACAGAGAUAUUGUUUCUAAUUCUAUCUAUAUUAGUGUUUUUACUAACUAUCUUUUUUGCUUUUUUAUUACGCCGACGUCAAUUACUUCAUACUACAUACAAAAUGUUUCUUGGCAUCACAUUUUUUGAAUUAGUUUCAGUUAUUUUCAAUGUUUGUUAUUAUACCGGCUAUGGUUUAAGUGGAAAACCUCAAGAAGGUUUACAAAAUUUUGCAAGAGGAAUGCAUUGCAUUGGUGAUCUUAUUUUUGUUGUUCUUUGCAUUUUGCUUGGAAAAGGUUUUACUGUAACAAGAGGGAAGAUCAGUUCUCUUGGGCAAGUUAAACUAUCUGUUUUUACAACAUUGUAUGCUAUCACUUACAUAGUAUUAUUUAUCUAUCAAACAAAAUCUUUUGAUCCAGGUUAUGUUCUCUAUUUGUAUGAGAGUCCAGCAGGAGUUGGUGUAUGUAUACUUAGGAUUAUUGCAUGGGUUUGGUUUUGCUAUGGUAUUUACUUCAGUUUAAAGAAUUAUCCUCAUAAGCGCCUUUUUUACUUUCCAUUUUGGUUAUUUUAUACAUUGUGGUUUCUAAGUGGACCCUUGGUGGUUUUGUUGGCAUCAUAUGUUUUUGAAUCAUACAUGAGAGCACAAGUAAUGAAUGCUGUUGACAGAACCAUUGCAUUUAUGGCUUCAGUUUUUUUUUUAGUUUUAACUCGCCCAUCUCAAGCUAAUACUAAUUUUCCAUAUCAUGUUCGUACAUCACAAAUUGGCAUAAUGGAGAAUAAUAAUCCAAGCGACAAAGAAAACUUCGAUCAGCAUAUGUAUGCACCUGCUAUUGAUCUUAACGAAAAUCAGAAAAUCACAGUAUUGUUUUCUGUUAUCAAGUCUGAUUUAGUGGAAAGCGAUUCUAGAGAAAUAAAAAAUCUAGUGAAUAGCAAUCAAACACAUAAUCAAAUAUUUGCUUACGAUGAAUAUCCGCAAUAUCAUCUUCAUCAAUUGCAUCAUCAAAAUAAUACCACUCUAAGAUCUAUUGAAGGUAGUGCAUCUGCUAACCAUUCACCAGCUUACUUAAGCACCAACCAUUCAACAAAUCUAGAUUUAAAUAAUUCAGCUAUUAUAAAAUUUGGUGGUUUAAAUCAUUCGCUUUCUUCUAAUAGUAAAACAGACGAUUUGUAUCAAACAAAUAAUGCGAACACUUUACAUCACCAAGAUAAAUACCAGACCUCUAUAUUUCAGGCGUUAGGAGCACCUCAAAUUAGCAAUGAUAGUUUUCAUACAAAAUCUGAAAUUUUUAAAGAAAAAGUUAAAAAGAAUUCCGUUGCAUUAGAAACGCAAAAUUCUGAUCAAAAUAAAUUUAUUGAAGAAAAUGACAAGAAAGACUUAACAUCUUCUAAAUUUAUUCAAGAAAAUCAAGAGAAAGACUUGACAUCUUCUAAAUUUAAUAAAGAAAAUAUAGAUAAAAACUUAUCAUCUUCUAAAUUUAUUAAAGAAAAUCAGGAAAAAGACUUAACCUCUUCUCAAUUAUUUUCACAUGUUGAGUUAAAUACGGUUUCUAAAUCAGAUGCAAAUAUUUUUUUGAAGGAGCCGGAAACCACUUCUUUAGCAAAAAGUAUAUUACCUAAUAAUCGAUUGCCUCCUCUGACUUCUUUCCAAGCUAAUAGUUCAAUUGUGUAAAUUUUUUAUUUUUUUUUUUAUUUUAAAAUGUCUGAAAAUUUUUUUCAAAAAAAAGAAAAAUGUUUUCUACUAAAUUUUAAUUUGGAAAUAUUCUUUAUUUCUAUUACAAAUACCUUUGUAUAUUCUUCUUUAAAAUGUCUUUUACAAAACAUGGCGGUU